ACACCAAACCGGCCGUUGUUAUACAUUUCUUACCAUAUAUACAGAGUGCCCCAUGGGCCCGUAUUCAUUCCUGGACUCGCGCGAGUAAUUGAGGCGCAGCUUUCUGGUUCGAUCGGCACUUGAUACAUUGACUUCACAGAGAGACCCAAGUUUGUACUCAGAGAGAGAGAGAGAUGUGGGGAAGUGGUUUAAUAGCAGUGAUGGUGGCAAUGGAGGCUUUGGACGCAGGUCUAAACACGUUAAGCAAAGCAGCAAUGAGGGAAGGAAUGAGCGACUUCGUGUUUGUUGUGUAUUUUAACGCCUUGGCCUUGCUCUUGCUUCUUUCUUCGAAUCUCAUCCAUUACAGGAAAAAACCAAUUCCAAAGCUUCCCUUAUUUAUAGUGUUCAGAAUCUUCAUUUUAGGCCUCCUCAGUUGUGGUGUGCAGAUUUUGAUGUAUGUUGGAAUAGGGUAUAGCUCUGCAGCUAUGGCUUCAGCGAUGAAUGGACUCAUUCCAGGAUUCACCUUCAUACUUGCCAUUGUCACCAGGAUGGAAAAGCUAGACUUAAAAGUUGGGAGCAGCCAGGCCAAGUCCAUCGGCACCCUAAUUGCACUUGCAGGGGCAUACUUUUUGAUUUUCUACCAGGGCCCGGGCAUUGUUUCCACCCGAUCUUCCUCAAACAGCGUUCUUGGCACACUUUUUGUGUCGGAUUGGAUCAUUGGAGGCUUUCUCCUUGUCACAUCUAGCGUUUUGUUUUCAUUGUCUUUUAUCGUCCAGACUUGGAUCAUUAAGGAGUACCCUGCAGAGCUGGUGGUAUCAUUUAUCGGCUGUAUUUUUGUUCUAAUCCCAUCAGCCGUGGUUGCUCUGAUCGUAGAAAGGGAUGUAAGUGCUUGGAAACUGAGACCAGAUUUGGAGUUGUUAACUAUUGCCUACGCGGCAAUUUUCAUGGUUACAAUUCGGGGUGUGGUUGAUAUAUGGGCUUGUCGGACAAAGGGCCCAGUUUUUGUUUCGAUGUUUAAGCCCAUAGGGAUGGCCUUUACAGUCGUCAUGGGGGUUACCUUUCUGAGGGAUACUCUCCAUAUUGGAAGUGUGAUUGGAGCAGCCCUAAUAGCUUUGGGUUUCUAUUCCGUGUUGUGGGGUAAAGCCCAAGAAGCCAAGAUGGUUGAAGACGGUAGUGGGAUUUCUCAACUUGAUUCAUCACCGGAUCAAGUGCCCCUCUUGCGAAACAUAUGAAAUUCUGUUUUGUAUUAUAGACUAGGGGCAAUGCACGUGCUUCGCACGAAAAUAUCAUGCCUGUUGGUUUGAAACUUGAUUAGAGAAAACACAGAGAAAUAUAACAACAAUCAGUUGAUGUACGCGAAUCAAACUGAUCGGUCU